AUGGGCGGCAGCCGCCCCGGCGCGGCCCGGCUGGACGCGUGGCUGUGCCGGGAGGUGCUGCAGCAGCAGGCGCCCCUGGCGGAGGGCGGCCCUGCGGGGGGCGGCGCGGCGGCCGCCGGGUGCGCGGGCGAGGCGCUCGAGCAGGAGCUCCAGGAGGCCCUGCUGCGAGCGCAGGGGGACGCCCUUCCCCCCGGCGCGGCGUUGGGCGCGCCCGCGCCCAGCGCUGGGGCGGCGCCUCCACCAGGGAGGUGCGCCGAGCUGACGGUGCUGGUGCAGGGGAGGCCCCACCCUCUGGACCAGGCGCUCGACAGCGACGAGCUGCAGGAGCCAGAGCGGCGCAAGCGUUCCGACGCUUCGUGGACCUGGCGCGCGAGGAGACGCGGCGGGCUCGCGAAGAGCGGCGGCGGGCGGCGGCGGCGGCGCGGCGGGCGGCUCCGUAGGGCCGCGCUGCGUCGCCGCCGCGCCUGCCGCCCUCCCCGAGGGGGCACCGAGAACGGAGGCGGUGUGGGGCGAACGUCAGCCCCGUUGGCGUGAGCCCUCGGUUCUGGCCCUGCUCUCCCCCUCCUCCUCCUCCCCCUCCUCCUCCCCCUGGAUAGGGAUCACUUCGAGGCUGGUUAAUUCUGGAGCCCUCUCAGCCCCAGUCCGCUCGCGGCGGCAGAUGCGCGGCGCUGUACAGGUCGCCCGGGCAUUCGGGAACCACCGCCCUCCGGAGAGGCGCGUGCGGCUUGAGAAAGGGGAGCGCGCGGCAUUUCUAUGGUCGGCGAAAACAA